CCAAACUUUCAAUCCGAACGGAACGUCAAGAGGAAUGCCGAACAUCGCUGUUAUCGGGGCUGGCGUCAACGGUGUCGCCAGUGCCAUAAAGAUCUUGGAGCACUACCAGAAGGAGGGUAACGGCAUCCCUGUGAAGGUGACGAUCAUCUCGGAGGAAUUCUCGCCAAACACCACAGGAGAUGGCUCGGCGGGUCUUUGGGGCCCUUAUCUGCUGGGUGGCACGGAAAAAUCUAAAGUCUACAAGUGGUCGAAGAAUAUGCAUAGUUUUCUGGAGCAGAUCUGGCUAAGCGAGGAUGCCGGCGAGGCUGGUGUUUGUCUCGUGCCCUGCAUCCGUCUGAGCACAUCCACAGUGGAUACUGUCGAGGAUUUCUGGCGUGACAUUGUUUAUGGGGCUCUGGACCUAACCGCUGAACAGCUUGCAGUCUACAAUCAAGGCAGAUCGGUGAAGUUUACAUCUGGCCUGUCCUUUGUCACAUACACCUCAGAGCCCGUGAAACUACUGCCGUAUCUCAUGAAGCGUUUCGCUCGGAACGGAGGUGCAGUAGUGCAGCAAAAGGUCACAGAUCUGGAGAGAUUCAUCACUGAAUCGCCCUACGAUGUGAUUGUCAACUGUUCGGGUCUGGGCUCCCGCGAAUUGCUCAACGAUGAUCAGAUGUAUGCCGUGCGCGGUCAGGUUUCCCGAGUGAAAGCCAAUUGGAUGUUCUCAGCCGUACUGGAUGAGAGCGAUGAUGGCAACUAUAUAAUACCCAACACUGAGAGUGUCGUACUGGGCGGCACCCACCAGGAGAGGGACUACAACACCAGGGUCUGCGAGAAGGACAAGAAACUUAUUGUGGACGGCUGUCGUCAGUUUGUUCCGGGCCUGUGCCACACCAAGCCGCUGUUCGAUUGGGUUGGCCUUCGCCCAGGACGUGCAAAUUUGCGCCUCGAGGCCGAGCGGCGUGGCCAGAAGCUGCUCAUCCACAACUAUGGACACGGCGGCAGUGGGGUGACGCUGUGCUGGGGCUGUGCCGAUGAUGUUCUCGAUCUCCUGCUGGCUGCCAAGAAUAUUUCAAAGUUGUAAAGCCCUCACAUUUGUAUACAAAAUAAACUCUUCCUUCUGGUUAGAAUACCAAUACCCCCUCAAAAA